UUAUAGUCAAGACGUUUUUGUUUAAUUGCAUAUUUUGACUCGAAUUACGCGUGCCAUAAAGCAAGGAUCUGAGAAUUACCACAAGCAAGGGUGAUGGGUGAUAACGGCCGGAAAGCCGACAGCAAAACAAUGAUGCGAUACUUUCUACUUUCCAAUUUCUACUUUCUUCUUUUUGCAACACACACGAUUGCAAAGCGCUUUUCGGAAAUCAUGGAAAUUCAAAUGGACGUAAUGCUAUCCAACGAGGAGAAAAAUGGAAUCGUUACCACCGUGCAUGUAUCGCCGUAUAUCCCGAUCCAGGAAAACGUCACCGAAGAUCCGUUGUUUCACUGCUCAUACUGUGGCAACAAGUUUAUGCAGAAAGGACCCUAUAUCGUGCACGCUCGUUUCUGUAAGCGCCGCAACGAGUUACAUGCGGACCGGAAGUCACUGGAGGACAAAUCACAUUUCAAAAUCUGUGAUAAGCGCAUCGGCACUGCGGUGGAAUCCGGACUAGAGGGACCCAAGAAAAGCUGCAUCGCUCAAGAGCCGACUGGAAAGUUCGAUCUGGAGACUCCGGCUACCAUAAAAAAAGUAUUCACGUGUAUUUUCUGCAAGCAGCCUUUCUCCGUCGAGUUUGAGUUUGGAAAAUUACGUCCUCGCUUUGCCUGCAAUGAUUGCACCACAAAGAUCCGAGCCAAAGAGAAGAUACGCACAGCAGCUAAGUCGGAGACUCGAUUUUUAUGUGAGAAAUGCGGAAUGUUGUACAAACUGGAAGCCAAUUUUAUGCGACACAUGAACAAAUGCACGGGAUUUGACAAAAUUCGUAAAAAAAUACGUUGAAUAUAUUAUUUAUCAUAUUUUAUGUAUAUCAAUAAUACAAUUUUGUACAAUCCAUGGAGUUUAUUUUUCAUAUCUUUUAUAGCCUCUAUAAUUAACACAUAAGUAUGUGUUCUUUAU